UGCAUGGGUGUAUUGGAUUUGAAGAUUUUAUAGAAGCUCUGUUCAAUCGACUUAACGUUUUUGCCUCAAUCAACUAGUUUUUUUUUUUUUUUUAAGUUUCGGAGCACAAUUUGCAACUGAAUCUGCAUGCUUUUCUAUUUCAUCCUUCUCUAAUUUGAUGCUCGUUAUAAUCGUUUGCUAAACAUGAAUCUGUUGCUGCUUUUUUCGUGUGUAUGCUACACGCAUUAUGUUAGAUUGUGCAUUAAACAGCAUUCUGCGAGUAUGUAUUAGAAGAGCUUGGAUCCGAGCUGCGAUUGCGAUUUACGAUAAGUUCAUUUUUACUGUAUCUAUAAAUGAUGGAUAUAAUUUGUAAAUGGACCGCAAUUAACGGAAUGGAGUCAGUCAACUAUGCAGUUGCACUCUGUUCCGUCUGUUUUGCCUUGGUGUGGCCGUUGUGGACGCUUGUGUACAAUAGUUUGGCCUUGUAAGGUUUUUAUCAGGUUUGGCUAGAAGUAUAUGGAAAAAUGAAAGUGGCUGGGACUUCUAUAUUUGUUUAGAUUCCUUGAUGAAACAUGCCUUGAGAUUGAAAUGUCAUUUGUGAUAGCUGGAAGCUAAUUUGUCUGAUUUUUUUAGACAAUAUAUGUUGAGGAUAUGAUGCACUCCUAAUUCCAUAGUGCACGAUAUAAUUGAGAAAGUAAAGAAGGCAUGAGUUAACUGUUUAUCGUUAUGGCUCCACCAAUUGAAAUUUCAACCAAAUCUCCUGGCGUCCAGAAGGCAUCACAUGCGCCUCUUAAUAAAAGGAUACUCUCUUCCAUGACGAGGAAAAGUGUUUCUGCUCAUCCCUGGCAUGAUCUUGAGAUUGGACCUGGCGCACCAAUUAUCUUCAACUGUGUGGUUGAAAUAAGUAAGGGAAGUAAGGUGAAAUAUGAACUUGACAAGAAAACUGGUCUAAUCAAGGUUGAUCGUGUUCUUUACUCGUCUGUUGUGUACCCCCAUAACUACGGCUUCAUCCCUCGUACUCUCUGUGAAGAUGAUGACCCACUCGAUGUAUUGGUCAUUAUGCAGGAACCUGUCAUUCCAGGCUGCUUUCUAAGGGCCAAAGCAAUAGGUCUCAUGCCCAUGAUUGAUCAGGGUGAGAAAGAUGACAAGAUAAUUGCUGUCUGUGCUGAUGAUCCCGAAUAUCAGCAUUGCACAGACAUCAGUGAGCUUCCUCCCCACAGAUUGGCUGAAAUUCGCCGUUUUUUCGAAGACUACAAGAAAAAUGAAAACAAGGAUGUUGCAGUUGAUGACUUUCUUCCAGCCACAGGAGCUUAUGAAGCAGUCCAAUCUUCCAUGGAUUUAUAUGCAGAUUAUAUAGUGGAGACCUUAAGGCUGUAGUUUGUGGCAAGCAAGCGAUGGUGCUUCAAGUUUAUAAUUUUUGAUCUGGAAGAUUACUUGAUACUAUAUUGCAACACAUCUGCACAAUAUAAGAUGAUGAUGAAUAAGUAUUUAUAGAGUAGAAUAUGAUAUUUGGUAUGUGUAAAAAGGAAGGAUUGGCUUGAUUGAUUUUUGACUAUAUUCCAUAUGUAUACAACCUUACUACUCAUUUGUUAUGGUUAUUCCAGUUCUUGCUUCAGCA